AUGUUCCAAGGCAUGCCUCCUACACAGAAAAUCACGCUAUUGGGCGUACGGGCUCUUACUGCUGUUUUCCAGCGAGUGUUCCACUUCGGCAAAGAAGGAACUGAUGGCGACAAGAGCAUGAAAGCACUUCUUGGAGGCAAGGGAUCCAACCUUGCAGAAAUGAGCAGAAUUGGAUUGAGUGUACCUCCUGGUUUCACCAUCACGACUGAAACCUGUCAGGAGUACAAUGGCUUGGGAAAGCAACUUCCGAAGGGAUUGAUGGAAGACGUCAUGGCAGGUGUGAAACGAAUUGAAAAACAGAUGGACAUGAAAUUUGGAGAUGAGGGCUCACCGCUCCUCGUGUCUGUCCGCUCUGGUGCGGCUGUGUCUAUGCCCGGAAUGAUGGACACCGUCCUCAACCUUGGUUUGAACGACAAAGUCGUUGAGGGUCUUGCAAAGCGUGCCAGCAAGCGAUUCGCUUAUGACAGUUAUCGUCGCCUACUUGACAUGUUUGGCGAUGUUGUUUUGGGAAUUAAUCACAAUCUGUUCGAAGAACAGCUUGAGGAAUUAAAGGAAUCAAAGGGUGUUUCCACUGACAAUGAGCUAAACGAGGAUGACCUCAAAGAAUUGAUCGCAAAGUACAAACAGGUAUACCUGAAUUGUGGAAAAGAGUUUCCAGAAGAUCCAAACAAACAACUUGAACUUGCUAUCCGUGCUGUUUUCGAUUCAUGGGACAGUGAAAGAGCGAAAGCCUACAGAGAGAUCAAUCAGAUUCAUGGACUGUUAGGAACUGCAGUUACAGUCCAGUCUAUGGUUUUUGGCAACUUAGGAGCGACCUCUGGCACUGGAGUGCUGUUCAGUAGAAAUCCUUCGACUGGAGAAAACAAAUUGUAUGGUGAAUAUCUUAUUAAUGCUCAAGGAGAGGAUGUUGUUGCUGGAAUUCGUACUCCCUCAGCAAUUAGCACUUUGGAACGCGAGAUGCCGCAAGCAUAUAAAUCUCUACUCGACAAUGUCGACAAACUCGAACGCCAUUAUAUGGACAUGCAAGACAUCGAAUUUACGAUUCAAGAUCAGAAACUGUUUAUGCUACAAUGCAGAAACGGGAAGCGUACUGGACCAGCAGCUGUCAAGAUUGCUGUUGAUAUGUUCAAGGAGGGUCUCAUCACCAAGGACCAGGCUAUUAUGAUGGUUGAAAGUGGCCACCUGGAUCAGCUUCUCCACCCUCAAUUCGAAGAUCAGAACAAGUACAAAGCAAGAGUCAUUGGAAAGGGCCUGCCCGCAUCACCUGGAGCUGCUGUUGGCCAGGUUGUGUUCUCUCCCGAGGAUGCAGAGGCGUUCAAGGCACAGGGCGGAGCAGCAAUCUUGGUGCGCGCAGAUACUACACCUGAGGACGUUGGUGGAAUGCACGCUUCUGAGGGCAUUCUGACACAGAGAGGUGGUAUGACUUCUCACGCAGCUGUUGUUGCCCGAGGCUGGGGCAAGACGUGCGUUUGCGGCUGCCUCGAAAUGAAGGUUGAUGACAAGAAGAAGAUCUUUACUCUGGGAGGAAAAACUUUCAAGGAGGGUGACUGGAUUUCUUUGAAUGGCAACACUGGAGAAGUCAUCGAAGGAAAGGAACCUUUGUCUCCACCGACGAUCUCUGGAGAUCUAAGCACCUUCAUGAGCUGGGUGGAUGAGAGGAGAAAAUUAAAGGUCUUCACCAAUGCGGAUACCCCUGAAGAUGCAGCCGAGGCAAGGAGAAAUGGAGCCGAAGGCAUUGGUCUCGUGCGCACAGAGCACAUGUUCUUUGCUUCAGAUGAUAGGUUGAAGGCAGUCCGUCAGAUGAUCAUGGCAGAGAAUGUCGAGAAGCGAAAAGUUGCUUUGAUGAAGCUCCUUCCAUUCCAACGUGCCGACUUUGAAGGGAUUUUCACCGCCAUGGAUGGACAUACAGUCACAAUCAGGCUGCUUGAUCCACCUCUCCAUGAGUUUUUGCCAAAUGGGGAAAUGAAAGAUGUUUGCCAGAUGAUGGCGAAUGAAUUGGGAAUUGACGUUGCUGCUGUCAAUGACAAAAUCAACAAAUUGCAUGAGACCAAUCCUAUGCUCGGAUUGAGAGGUUGCCGUUUGGGAAUUGUCCAUCCAGAGAUUUCCGAGAUGCAGGCGAGAGCGAUCUUUGAGGCAGCACUCAACGUGAAGGCAAAGGGGAUCAAACCUGUCGUCGACAUCAUGGUUCCCCUCGUCGGCUCUGUAACAGAGCUUGAGAACCAGGCCAAACUUAUUCGAUCAACCGCUGAGACUGUCUUUACGGAACGAGGAUCUCGUGUAGAGUACAAGGUGGGGACUAUGAUUGAGAUUCCACGCGCUGCUCUUCUUGCUGGAGAGGUUGCAAAAGUUGCAGAAUUCUUCUCCUUCGGAACCAAUGAUCUCACUCAAAUGACGUUUGGGUUCUCUCGUGAUGACGUCGGAAGCUUCUUGCCGACGUAUCUCGCCAACGGGAUUCUUGUGUCAGAUCCAUUCCAGGUGCUUGACAGAAAGGGUGUCGGCCAGCUUAUUAAGACGGCAAUUGAAAACGGCCGUGCAACAAGAAAGGAUCUCAAAUGCGGGAUCUGCGGAGAGCAUGGUGGAGAGCCGUCUAGCAUUGAGUUUGUGUCAGGAGCUGGCAUGGACUACGUGUCAUGCUCGCCUUUCCGUGUUCCCAUCGCCCGUUUGGCUGCGGCUCAGGCUGAGAUCAAGAAGGGAAAGCACUGAGACAAUUUCAGCCUUUUUGACAUUGUACAAUGCUGCAUGCCAGAAAGUUGUUGCAUUCGUUCCUGUCUCACCUUCGUCUGAGCCUUCUACGUACAAGGAAAUUAAAUCAUUGAGUGCAAC